GUUUGAAACAGCAGAUAUAAACGAGCCAACACCUGAAGGCGACAGUGACAAUGAUGAGUCUCCGUUGCUCCUAAUCCUGGGCUACGGAGCUGGUGUCCAAGUCUGGCUGAUACCCCCUACUGGGGAGGCCCAGGAGGUGUUGUCAUGGCGACAAGGCACAGUGAGGGUGCUCCGUAUACUGCCUACUCCGCAGCACGGCGACUGCUUCGCGUCGAAGAGGCCCCUUAUUGCCUUGUGUGAUUCUGCCAGCCCCGGUCCAUCUUUUUGCUCACUCAGUUUCAUUUCCAUCAGAGGUGGUGAACAGGUAAAAAGCAUCAAAUUCAAGAACCCCAUUCUCGAUGUGUUGGCGAACAAGCGAUCAGUGGUGGUGUCGUUUUCCGAACGUUUUGCGAUAUUCGACGCUGCGACUCUAGAAGACCGAAUGGCCGUCACUACUUGUUACCCCUGCCCAUGUCCUUUGGGCGGCAGCUUGCCAAUCAACCCGUUGGCGCUUGGAGACCGCUGGUUAGCAUAUGCUGAUAAGAAACUUAACCAGUCCAAGAGGAGCAGUGGGGGGUGUGAAGGUAAGAUUUCGCAAACAGAAUAUACUUUUUGUUUUACACCAGGGGGAAAUCUAAAGCUCUCUGGGCAAAAUAUCUAGACUCUUUUUU